AUGAAUCUCGUGGAACAAUAUAAUUUUUCCCAACACAGCAAACCCAAUACUGUGCGUGCUCUUAGUGACAGCAUCACUGAAAUGCAUAUAAAAAUCAAGGAGGAGUAUACGCUGCUUUAUCUUAGUAAUAUCAAUAUCACUACAAACAACUACUCGCAAGUAGUAAAAUACAAAGUCGGUACAAAAGAGAACAUCAAAAGUACAAAGAUUAAAGACGACCAUUUGAAAGAUGGUUACCAUUUCCCUAAACAUCUAUGUAAUUCAGAAUCAUUGAAUGAAAGCAAAAUGGAUGCAUUUUUUAAGGGCAGUAUAAUGCCAAUAUACAAACAUCAGCUUGCCUAUUGUAGAGUUUAUAAGGGAGGAUCGACGUUCUGGAGACGUCUCCUUUACUGCUUAGACAAAGACUUAAAAGUAUCCCCUUUUAGCAUAAAACCACAAGACGAAAACAGAAAAUACCGUCGUACCUAUGCAAUGAAUAGUAUGAACUGGAUAUAUAAUAUGCUAAGAGUGAAGAAAAGUUUUAUGUUCACCAGGAAUCCUUAUUCACGUAUUUUGUCAGCUUACAUCGAUAAAUUAUACUCACCUAAUCCGUAUUUUUGGAAAACGAUUGGUGUCAACAUUAUGAAAACAAUUCGUAAUAGAACCUCGUGUGGCAGUGAUGUUACGUUCAGAGACCUUGUGGAAUACAUCAUUAAAACACCAAUAGAACGUUUGGAUGAUCACUUUAUACCCAUAAGUUCUAUAUGUAGACCAUGUAAAGUACAAUAUAGUUAUAUUGGCAAAAUGGAAAAUUUUCUCAAUGAUACUAUGAAUAUAUUUAACAAAUUUGGAAUAAACUCAACGUAUUACAUAACACACAAUUUUAGCGAACUUUAUAAAUAUGAUGCUAUAUACGAUACUGUACAAGCUGUAAUUGCUUUUCGACAAGAGUCUGAUAGAUGCAUGAGUCGGUAUACUGGAUUGAAUCGAAUUUGGAGAAAGUUACAGACAAGGGGAAUAAUUUCGGAGAAUUAUUAUCUCCCCUUAAAUAAAAAAGAGUCGCAAAACAUAUCAUCAUCACAACUAAUGACACUUAUUUUGAAAACAAAUAAAAUAUCAAAAAAGGAGGAUCUUUUAUUACAAAGACAGAAAAUGUUUGUUGAUGCGUAUAACACUAUUCCUAUUGAUACUUUGUACAAACUACAGAAUGUGUAUAAUAAUGACUUCAAAUUGUUUGGAUAUGAUGCUUUUCCAGAUUCCUUGUUUGGACAACGUUCUAAGAUAAAGACGGAUAUGUUUAUGACUGAAGUGAAAAGAAGUGUAUUUAUAUAAUUUUGAAACGACACAAAAGCAAAAUAAUGAUAACUUGCACAUUUUCAUCUGAAAGCAGACUGAACAACCAAUACUUAAUUUGAUGAA